ACCAAAUCAGAGCUGAUACAGAUUAUCAAGAAAAAUCACGAAACAGAUCACAGAAAAAAUGAUACCAUAUAUGAGACAAUAAGACAUGCUGUUUUCCCUGUAGGAAGAGAGACUAUAAAAUUUUUAUUUAAAAAUGAAAUUACCUGCACUAGCUGUAAUGCAGCUGUUGAACUACCUAAAACCACAAGGACUAGAAGGCCAAUUCCUGCCACUUAUCCAAACAGUAGAUGGCAGAUCGACUUGAAAAAAAUGCCUUGUUACAAAGGAUUUAAUUACGUAUGCAACAUUUUAGACUGCUAUUCUAGGUUUGCGUUCGGAUGUGCCACAAAAACCAAAACAGCAAAGGAAAUUGCUGACGUUGUACUUAAAUAUAUUUACUUGUAUGGUGCACCGCGUAUUUUACAAUCAGAUAAUGGCAAAGAAUUUACCAAUAAGGAUCUAGAAGGAGUAGUUGAGGAAUUUAAGUCAAAACAAAUACAUGGCAGGCCGUACCAUCCACAGAGUCAAGGGAGAGUUGAAAGAUUUAACCGGACAAUGACCACAUUUUUUCGUGUAAAAAUGAGCACUGUAAAAGAUUGGGUUGAAGAACUUCCACAUUUUUAUUAUACCUACAACAACAGAGUUAACUCAGUUACAAAGCCGCUAACUCCUUAUCAAAUGUACUUCAAAAGACCAAAUUUUGCAACACCGGUGGAAGAACAGGUUUGUAUAAUUCUGGAACUUAUGUUAAUGUUUUCUUUUUUUACUAAAACUUUAAAACAACUUUUAUAAAAAAGUAUUUACAUUUAAACACAAUUUACAUGUUUUAGUAAUUAUAUAUUGUAAUAAUGUAAUACACUUUUUAUUUUGUAUUUAGUUUUAAACUUUUCUAUAUCUUAAAGACACACAAAAUAUUUUUUAUAUCUUACACUUUAAUUUUUAAAGGUGCAAUUUAUUUAUUUUAUGGAAACUAUUCCUAUAAAACCCAUGGCUAGAUAACAAUUGAUUGUUGGUUGCUCAACGUUCAGUGACAAAUAUUACAUGCAUGUCUAGGACGCAAGAUAGUAAACUUUAACAGUUCCCGUCAUGAUAGAAUGAUAAACUAUGAUUAUAUAUCCAUUACAUAAAUGAAAAUAGUUAUAAAGUAUUAUAAUAAAAUUGUGUAUAUUUCAGAUACCAUACCAAAAUUUAACUGAAGAAGAAAGAUUGUUUUUAAGUAACGCCCAUCUAGAUGUUGACGGUGAAGAAGAAAAUGAGUGUGAAAGUAGUGCAGCAAAUAAUAAUCAAGAAAAAAUUGUGGAUACGGCAACUGACGGGUAUGAUGAACAGCUAUCAUUAGAAGAAACUUUACAACUACUAGAAGACAUCGCAUCGCCUACCAAGGAUAUAACUGAAGACCAAACCAAUGAAGUUAACACGCAGCAAGACUGCAUAAUGAAAGAUAAAACACCUGAAAAGAAUAUAGAAAUAAAUUUGACAAGUGAAAACGUGCAGAGCUGCCAAGUAUUAUUGAUAGAAGAAAAAGAAAACGAGGUGAUACAAAAUAACACAGCUUCUCCUUACUAUAGUGAAAUGUAUAGAAAAAGAUUUGGAAGACCCCCAUCUUUAAUAAGCUCAGAAAGUCCAAGCAAAAGAAUUCAUUUACAGGAAAUCAACGGAAACCAGUCCACAUUUUUCAACACUGGUAUCACUCAGUACUUUGAUAGUGAACAAAUGUAUCCUGUAGAAUUGUUCAGUAAAAACUCUCUAGACGAUAUAACGAGCUACAUUUACUACAAUGAAGGUGAUAUCGUUGAUUAUAGAACAAAUCCUGCUAUGAACAAAGGGACUGCGGUUUUUACUAGCGGUUUUUGGAGAAGAGGCUUAGUGAUCAAAAUAGACAAAUGUCCUAGACGAGGCACGCUUUACACUGUAAAAGAUGAUAUUACAGACUUCUGUUUUCAGAUAAAUAGACACCAAAUAAGAAUCGCACAAUAAAAAUGUA